GCAAAACAAAGCCAAUUUUCUUUCUAGCUAGAACACCAUAUGAUGGAGGUUUCCUUGUACACAAACCCCAGGAUUCCAAGAGUUAGGGUUUUUUCUCCGAAUACUAGAGUGAUCAUCAAAACUACGAACAGAGUCUCGUGCAGGGUUAAGGAAGCGACCAUCUCCACGCAGGGCAAGAAGGUGAACUUCUACGACGUGCUUUCCUUGGGGUCCAAGAAUGUGGGGCUGGACGAGAUCAGGAAGGCGUACAGGUUGAUGGCGCUUCAGUUCCAUCCCGACGUGUGCCCUCCCACAGUGAAGGAAGAGUCCACCAGGCGGUUCGUCGAGCUCCAGAAGGCUUACGAGACGCUCUCCGAUCCUGUCUCCCGAGAGUGGCAUGACUACGAGCUGGGUCUAAUCGAGUCGGUCAGGUUCCCAGGCAGAGGAGCUAUUAAUCACCGCGUAGGGAACAGGAGAUGCUCAAGGGAAGUGUGGGAGGACCAGCUCUCACAAUUGAGGCAAAGAUCUCUUCUCCGCAUGCAGAGGAAAAAUAAUAAUAAGCACUGAUGUAUAAUUUUACAUAGUCAUGUCCUCAGACCAUUCCCCUCUGCACAAAUUCAAAUAUAUUAACUUAAUUGUUUCAUUUUUUUUUUUGGGAUAAAUAUUUCGGUUCAAUAUUUGUAGAAUUUCACGAUCUAUUUUAUAUGUUUCAGAAAGCCUUGUGGUUUUACAGCUCUUGGCCCUACAGAUUCAUGAGCUAAGAAUGAUUUUCGAGCCAUCGACAACGUUAUGGUCAGGUCAGACGAACGAAUGUACAUUAUUCCACAUGAGAUCGAGAAUUAUCCCUUGUGAAAUUUCAUGCAAUGCACAAUUUUGGGUUGUUUUCUGGCCGCUCGACAAAAUAAAAGUUUUCAACCCUUUUUAUUCAGUCCAAAAGGGCACACGAAAUAAUCACCUUGCAGAUAGAAUUGAAGAUAUUAGGAAUGAGCAUAUAACAUAUAUUCUCCGAACCGAAACAUAGGGUCAUGAAUUUCCAACCUAGACAUGGUCCUCUAUCCGAUAACAAAUACGGAACCAAAGGCCAAGUUGAUAAACUAUAACAAUCCCAAAUCAUUCCCUCGUUUAACAACCUUAAUAUUCCAUCCUAAAUAAUCAGUUUCAUAAUCAGAGAUGUUCUUUCAUGACAGCGUGAUUAACGAGUUGAGCCCACUGAGCUGUGUCUUCGCUGAAAGAGGAUAUCAAUCUCGUACGCUUCUACAGCUCACCAGCAAAAUAGACCAUCUUGAUCUCUCUCUCGCUUCUGCAGCUUACAUUGGACAGCUUUGGGGAAGAAGAGCUUUUGCUCUCCAUUGGUCAGUACAGCCCACGAUCUGCCACUCUGGAACCGUUACAAGCUGGUGAACCCUCAUUACUUGAGGGCCAUGCUCCCUGAGCUGCUGCGUCUCCAAAAGCUCGGAAGUCGAGUCUGCCCUGUCUCUUACUGUUAUCCGCCAGCUAUGGGACGUCAAUUCCCAUCUAGAAGAGAGCCCCUUGUCUUAAAAAUGCCAAUGGAAUUUGUUUCUUAGCUUUUAGGCUGUAAUGCUUCUGUUGGGUUCCUUAGGGUAGGUGAUGUUAUAUUCAUAGUUCCCAACCACCAACUGUUUGUUCCACAACUUCUGAAAAGCGUUCUGCUUGGGGUUCUGCUUUGUUUGAUGUUUGCUCAAAUGUAUAGUAACAAUGGUGAUUAGCAUAAUAGAGAGCGGAUCUUCGCUGUUUUAUUUGCCAA